AUGCCCGCUUGUGAAGAUUGCCAUCGACGGAAGACAAAAUGCGACCGACAACGGCCGCGAUGCAGCUCCUGUUUGAGACGUAGUACGCCAUGCUUCUACCCUGAAAAAUCACACUACAGACAACUCCGAGAACGCCAUCUGCAGACAUUAGAGCAAAGAUUACGGACCCUCGAGCACGAGAAUCGGAAUCUGCGUCUUCGGCAAAUCAAUAACAAUGUAUCUGGCAUGUUGUCUCUUGAGUCUCCCGAACGCGAAGGCGAAGGCGAAGAUGGUGUAGAUCAAACCUGCAGGAGCGACACACAACUUGACGCUCACACUCAAGAUUCAACGACGAGCAUCAACGAAACUGACUCACCUGUACCUGCAACACCCAUGGACGCUGCCUCUUCCGCUUCUCCACACAAUCACCUUCCCAAAACCAAACCGAACUCGAUAUAUCUCGGGUCCAGCGCCGGUGUCGACUUUAUAGAUAUUGUAGAAAAUGUCCUAGGUUCCACGGACCCAUCCGGGCCCAUGUUUGCCAAUGUGACAAAUGCAUAUCGAAAGCCCGGCACAUCGACUCCCGUCAAAGUAUUCGCCUCAGACAUUCCUGAAAAAGCUAUUGCAGUGCAAAUGGUCGCGGCUUAUUUUGCACACUGGCACAUUACAUUCCCUUUGAUUUAUCGGCCCUCUUUCUCAAGCUUGGUGGAUCGCAUUUACGACGACCCCGACUUUUACCGCCAAAAUCCUGCUGGUGCUUUUGUCUUUGAUAUCGUACUGGCACUGGGAUCCGCGGCUUCCAAGAGAUUUGAAUGGUCCUUCAAGGAUACAGAGUCGCAUUUCAGACGGGCAACUUCGGCAUUGGACGUUAUUUUGAAGUAUCGCGAUAUUCGGACGGUGCAGGCAUACUUGCUAUGUUGUCAGUAUGGGAUCCAUGCCAGUCUGCGUGAUACGGGAGAGGAGAUGUGGGAAUUAUUGGGGAAGGCUGGCCGUUUGUGCAUCGAGCUGGGUCUUCAUCGUUCAGCAUCCUCACAGCGCUUCGCUAGGCUGGAUAUACAUCUGACCGGCCGUAUCCCCGAGGAGGUGCAAUUGGAGAUGAGAUCGAGAUGUUUCUGGUGCUUUUACUCGCUUGAAAGGUAUGUGAUGUGCAGCCCCGCUCUCCCCGGCAGGGGAUUUCCAACUGACCCAUUGUUCUGUAGGAUUGUCAGUGUCACGCUGGGAAGACCUCUUGUGCCUUCUGACGACGACAUCGACGCUCCACUUCCAUCGAGUUACGAUGACGAUUAUUUAUUACCUAGCUCUCGAGAACCUGGAUGGAACUGGGGUACCAACACAGCUCCGACGACAUCGCCGUUUCUUCUAUUGGUGCAGCUUCGACGGAUCCUUUCUCGGACUCAUCGCUUUCUUCACACCAGUAUCACAUCGCGAGAUCUUCCGUUGCACGACAAACAAGAGAUUCGAAAAGAGCUACUGAUGGAGCUGAGGCAAUGGAAAAGUCAAAUUCCUCAACUUCUUGAUCUCCAGAAACGCACUGAACAAUCAAGCACCUUAUCCGCCUUCACAUUCCAAAGUUGGUACGAGGCCCUCUACCACACCACAGUUCUUUUACUGUAUCGUCCCUCCUCCACAUUUCCCUCUAGAGGCCCUCAGACUUCUUUACUCGAGGACAACGUCCCCAAAGUCAUCUGGGAAUCAUCGCGCGCCACGAUCGCAAAAUACAAGGACAUCCUCCAGGCUCGACGGCUCAAUUACUCUUGGGUCUGUCUCUAUACCAUCUUCAUGGCCGGCCUAGCGAACAUCUACAGCGUCGCUCGCUGUGCGCAGAUGCACAAGUCAGACCCUAUCAGUAAUUCUUCGUUCUUGCCGCCGUUAGUAGAGGCCGUUGCGGAUAUCAGAGAUUGUUCGAACAUUCUGAUCGCCAUCUGCGAGCGCUGGGAUGACGCGCGUAGCUCAUGUGAGAUUUUCUCUCGCCUGAGUAAUAGCGCCAUUGGGGAACUGUAUAAGGCUCACUUGCAGAAUUCGAGACCGGAACAGACUAAUGGUAACUUGAACUCAAUAAAUCCGACCGCCACCACUACUGCUGCUACGUCAACCAGAGACACGUCAUCCCAAGCAGCGGGCCCAAUACUACCAGGUGUUAGCCCACUGGCUCAAGCGCAACUAGAAAUGAUUCCAGACAUUAUGGAUACGACGAAGCAGACGACGGAAAACGUAGAUGACUUUCGGUUGUUUUUCCAGGAUCUACAGACAGAUGUACAUGGGAACGGUUGUGACGGUGCCAAUGAAGUUCUCUUGGGGCUUGAUAUGGAAUGGUUUGAACAGCUUCAGUGA